AUGUUCGACCCAGAGCAAAUUCGUCGCCGUGGUCGAACGACCUAUCGACCAGCGCCGUUGCUGAAGGAGGGAAUUUGCGAUGGUUUCUUGAUGUACGUAGCAGACAUCUACCAAACGGGCUUGCUAUCCAACACCUCAGGUACUUGCUUCGUCAUGAUCGCUAGCAUCGGCCUUCACUGGCGUCAGGCGAGACUUUCGCCCUGCCAGAAGCUUGCAAAGGUGGCUCAUCUUCUUCCUGAAUCGGAUAGUGUGACCCUAGAAGGGAGCAAGGCUCGUCAGGGCGUUUCUAUGAUCUCCGCCAUCCAACUCAUCCCUGAAUCCAGUCCUUACCGACAGAUUCUCCCAAAUAUCGCGUGGACCCCCACCGUCGUCUCAUGCGUCGUCAAAGAGGCGGGACCGGCCUGGGAUGGGCGUCCACGGAAGAAAGGUUCUCCAUGA